AUGGAAAUUUUCAUUUCAAUACCAUAUGAAAAAUCAAAUUAAAGGCCCAUUUUAGAUUUCUAAAGUGUACCUUCCAUUUAUUGAUAUAGUGUCCUUAGUUUGAGUCUGUAGUGAUUGACUAAGGAAUUCUCCUUUCAAGAUUAGAACAUUUUAUGAUUUAAAUAUUAGCUCUUGUAAAUUAGAAAAAUAGUAAUAUUUUGGGUAAAUAUAAUAAACCAUUCUAGCAUGAUCAUUUAAAUUAUUUUAUAUAAUCUUCUAUUUAUAAUCAAAUUAGAUUCAUUCAAAUUGCAUUUAACUUAUUCAAUGUUACAAGAAGGAUUUUAAUUCAAAAACUUGCACACUCAAAAUAAAUCUUUCAAACUUUUCUAUAUGCUACCAUAAAUCUUCUAAAACAAAAAAGGAUCAUAGGGUCCCAGAUAGAAACUUCUCCGUUUCAGGCUGAAAAAAGAUUUGCCUUACCCUUUCAGUGCAAGUAGCUCUAUCUGAAGACAAUCAUAGCAUUUAAGAUGUUUGGUAUAGUAUCUUUUCAUCCUUUUGUCAAAACCUAAAUUAUUUUUCCAAAAUAGCUUAUAAAAUCUCUUUUGGAUUAUCAUAAGUCAAUAUUUGUUUCUUAAUCAAUUGACAUUUUCUUAUUAACUCCUCCUUUAUUCUUCAAAAAAUAAGUUAGACUUUUAUUUGGCAGUGUAAUAACAGCUAUGAUAAAGAUUUAGAAGAAGAUGGUUCAUUUUAGGUAACUUUCGCUUUUAAUGUUCGCAUCUGGUAUAUAUAUAUGUAAUUUUAUUAUUAGUACAGAUAUCUGAGAUCACUUAUAAACACAACUUACUAAAACUCUUCCGAGUGAUAUUAGAAAACCUAAUUCUUAUGGAACAAUAAAAUCAUUGUUUAUGGUUUACUUGGUUACAUAAUAUCAGAAUCUUUAUAAUAAUUAGAAAAUUUUUGAGUUCCAAGUUUCAAUCUCAAAUAUUAGCAUAUAUAUAUAUAUAGUUAAACCUACUAAUCUUGAAAUUUUAAAAGUUAUUUUAAUAACUAUGUUGA